AUUUAUACAAAAAAUAAAGCACUAAUAAAUGUCAAGUCAACAUAAUGCCUUAUUUUGUAAUUAAUGGAAAACCUAGCUGUCCAAACUUUGUUCAUGCAAUUUAUGUGGCGCAAUAUUUGGCCGAUAAACUUCCAAACUUUGUUUUUAAGAAAGUGGAAAAACUGUCUAUGGACUGGGCGAUUUAUUUGGAACAGUUAAACAAAGAAAAUAAAUGGUAUGUUUCGGAAAGCCCAUUGAUUUGGAAAGAAAUCAAUAUGUGGGGAGGAAAAAAGCAUCUUAUCGGAGGUCUAUCUGAAUUUUGGGAACAUGUCUAUUGCUAUUAUGGUCUCGAAUCGCUUAUCUCCAAACAAGAAUUAGAAUUUCUGGCAGCAGACAAUUUAAAGUUUUUUAAAGAAAACAUGGCAGCCAGCAGCAUACAAGAUGUCCAAGUAAUCGCUAUUUUAGGCGCAUCCAGUCCAAUGACUUGUUUUCUAAUACUCGAACUGGUCGAAAUAAAGACGUUAUGGAAGUCGCAAGGUAUAAUUUUUAAGCUGUACGACUACCAUCAAACAACAGACCUGAAAAAGUUGGAGAUUACGACAGAGUAUGUGAUGUAUUUGAAUUCGUUGAAAAGAUUUGGAAAGCAUGAAAUGGUGUAUCUAUGCGAACAUUUAAAAGAAGUUAUUCAGGAUGCUGAUAUUGUUAUUGACAUUGAAGAUUUCUUUAAACAUGAUGUGGAAACGGAAGCAAUGUUUUUGAACCGGUGCAGCUUCAGAAUGAGAAUGUUCGCAGAGUUGCUCAACCACGUUGCCAAACGCAGUGUAAAAGUCAUCAUGGCAACCAGUGGACCGGUAUGUUUUAUGACAUCGUGCAUUUCGGCUACUUGUCGUCGAAAGAAACUGUCGAAUAUUGUUGCUAUAACUGCAGACAAAGCUUUUCCGUAUAUAACAAGCGUUUCGGAGACUACAGGAGUUCCUGUGGACAGAAUUAGUGCACCUGCCGUAUGGGGAUUCGUCGGAAUGAAUCAGUUCGUUGAUGUGAGGAAUAUUGUUUACAAAGCGGAAAUGUAUAGACCAUUUAAAAGAAGCCUUACUGCACCAAAAGACACUAGUCUUCCCCUAGGUACGGUACAUACCGAAAUUAGAAUAAUGUCAUACAUGCUCAAAAGUGUAACAGAUAUAUCAGACGAAGUAGAAGAACAUACUAAAAAAAUGUUGGCUAAAAUACAUCGACCACCGAUAUACAGUAAAGUGAGAGCUACUGUUUCGUUAUUGAAGCUAUGGUCAGCAAGUGAAAUUGGAGAUGAGAUUAUAUCUUUGGGAGUAGCUUCGAACGGUUCAUUUAAUAUACCGAAGGGAAUAGUGUUUUCCCAACCGGUGAAGCUGGAUCAUAACAGAAAAUGGAUCCCUUAUAGCAAAUUUCCUUUAAUGAACGACGUAAGUAGAAGCGAGAUUAAAAAAUGCUAUACCAGUGUUCACGCAACUCUAGUUAGGUUCGGUCUUUUUGAAAACGCACAAGCUGCCCAAUCGCAGUUUUAUACUGAAGAAGAAUACGACGCCUAUGAGAGGUAUCUGGAAGGUAUAGCUGUGCAGGGAGAGCAGUCGACUGAGUCGAGUAAUGCUGAUUUGACUUACGUAUUUUAGAACAUUUUAUUAUAUCAAUUUUUGUAAUACGAGUAUAUUUAUAGUAAAUUAUUUAUUUUCUU